AUGGUGGACUACGCGGUGAAGGAGCUGAAGACUCCCGAAGCUGCCAGCCAGCACUUUAUCAAUUUACUGGGCGAGAGCCCGGACGCUCUGGAGUUUAUUAGUGAAUUUUCGAGGACGCUGGAAAAGCCAGGGGAAAAAUCCGCGAAAAAGCCCAGCACAACGGACCAGAACCCCAAGAAGAACGUGAUAAAAAUCGUGCGGCCAGGUACCAAAUCAAACGCCCCAAAAAAGGCCGCUGAGGAGAGCAGGAGCCGACCGGAGAAAAACCUCAAGCUUGAUAACCUAAAGGAGCUGGGCGAUGCGCUGAACGAACUGGAGUCGCAGAGUGGCGGCCGCGUGUGCAACUGCAACGCCACGCGACAUCCGCUGUUUGAGAUGUUCCCGAACUGUCUGAAUUGCGGCAAGAUCAUCUGCGUCAAGGAAGGACUACAACCGUGCUCUUUCUGCGGCAAGGAUCUGCUGAGCAGCGAGGAAAGACGCCAGAUUGCGCAGGUUUUGCAGAAGGAGAAGGACGAGCUCAACGGCGUGCGGCCUGUGGUCAAAGAGAAGGAGAAGCCGAAGAAAAAUAGCAAGAUCACCAUUUCUGUGAGUUCUGCGGGACAGAACAACUUCAAAGUGCAAGACCAGCUUUUCAAGCGCAUAGAGAGGAAGAAAGAGCUGGAGCGCGAGAAUCUUGUCAAAAGCAAGAAGGAACAGGAAGAGCUCGCUGAGGCCGUCAAGCAGAUCGAGUAUUUGGAGGCCACCAAGGGCAAGGACCAGGAACUGCUUCAGGCAGAGCAACGACUGGACAAGCUGCUGGAAUUCCAGGCAAACGGCGCCCAAAGAACGCGAAUCAUCGACCAGGCAUCGGACUUUGAGGUUCCUGCCAACAGUCUGAGCCCGUGGGCGUCGCCGGUGGAAAGAGCCCUGCAAUUAAAGAAACAGCAGCGAGAACUGAAAAGACUCGAGGAGGAGGAGAAACUGCGGACCGGGCGCGGCAAGAGGGUGCUGGACAUGUCCAUCAGAGACGGCAAGGUGGUCAUGCGUGAGGUGGCGACGCCGGAAACCGGGUCUGACGGCGAGAUGGAGGAGCUGGAGCAGGAGAUGAACCGGCACAGCCUGGAACAGCUGGAAAAGAACGCGCAGACGGUGUGGGACUACGAACAAGAGCGCGCCAAGUGGACGAAGCCGAAGUACAUGGGGAAAGUUGACAGCGACGAGCCGCCAGAGGAAGUCCACGGCGGCGUUGUGCAGCUGGGCGAGGACGCAGAGGAGAUACUGCUUGGUCUGGGGAUCUAG